GGUGCUCUACAAUUACAAUUUACAAUUUAGACAUCUUACAUGUGUUUUCGGCUGUAGUGACUCAGAAAAGGCUUACCUUUGAGCCUUCGUAAGCCCGCAGGGUUUCCUGGGUAUUUUCCGCUAGCUGUGCAUCACCUCACUUCACCUCACCUUCGUGCACUUUAACAAGCAGCUGUGAAAAUUCUGAGGAGACAGUGGUUAGCGAGCAGGUCCUGCUCAUUCUUUUUUUUUUGGGCAUUGGAAGGGCGGUGGGUGGGGGGGGGGGUGUCUAAGUCUCAGGGUAAAGGGGUGCGAGGACAGCCGCUAACCGUCCCUAUCAGGCGCAGGGAUGCUCCUGAACCCUUCCUCCCGCCGAGGGUCUCACAGCAUUCCCGUCCACAUCAACCUCCAGAGCGUUCGCCGCCGACCAGACAGGCAGAGUUCCACACUCUAUAUGCAGGAGGUCAGAAGUAAGGGAGAAAGAGGCAAGACCCAGGCUCCCAUAUCCAGUGUGGGAGAGGAAAGGGCCAUCCUACUGGGAUUGUCCAUGAUCGGAUUUUCCUUACUCAUGUACUUCCUGUUUGGAACCCUGAUAGUGAAUCCCUGUCUUCGCAGCAACUGGACUGAAGAGUCCAACUGCACAGUGAUCCAGGCCUCCUUUCCGGAUGAGUGGGAAGACGAUACAAGAGAGUUCAGGUUCCCCUGUCUGAAUGUCACCGUGAAUCUCUCCCGCUCGGACCACAAGGCCCAGCUUGUCAUGCUAUACUACAAUGAGGAUGCAUUGGAUCUACCCUCCAAGUGUUUUUAUAGGCCCAAAUACCGGCAAAACAUAAGUGACAUACAAGAAGAGGCUCAAAGGAUUCACAGGCUCUUCCAAAUGAGGAGUGAGCCUUUCAGAUGUUUUUCCAGCCAGGGUGACAGCCAUCUUGGGUACACCAACCCGGGGGAUGCCAUCCUGACCAAGAAAUGUGACAAUCAGCAAGUGAUGCAAUACAUGUUCUUUUCCACCCUGAUGCUGGCUGGCGGGGUCAUGACCAUCAGCCUCGUGAGGCUAAACCAGCACCUGUCCCGCAUGGUCGCACAGUUCAGUCCAGGGUCAGAGGAGGUGGAUUGACCAGCUAAAGGUGGGAAGAGGAACACAGUCAGGCUAAAGAUCAGGGUUGCGCCAAAUUACAGUUUAAAUUUACAUUGACAGAGACAACUGCAAUUCAAAUGGCAAUAAUCUUUGAGAAUGGAACUGGAAUUAAAUUGAAACAGGCACACUGAAUUGAAUUUAAUGAUGUGUGAAUUGGAUUUGAAUUGACCCAAACACUUUUUUUUUUGCUUAUAACUCAGCUUUCUGAGCUCCCAGACACCCUCUUUGGAACAGUCAGAUCAGGUUUCAUGCAAAUCAUUGAUGUAAGGCUGAAUGAAGCUAAUUUAAGUGUUUUGCUAAUGUCAGUUUUACUCAGGAUUUAGUUCAAUAUUUUAACUUCUAUUUUACAAAUCCAAUAUACAUUUUCACUCAUUAAGGUAAUUCUAUUAUCUUUAACUUACUCACAUUCCUCCUACAUAGUUUGACCAAAUACCACUAAUUCUGGCCAGAAGCAUGUAUGGCCCGAGCUUUUUUUUUCCAUUUUGAAGAAAUUAUCCAACAAAGUUGAAAAAGGUGUGGCCUAAAAGGAAUAUUGAUAUAACUCCAUGGAAAUUAGUUUUAUUGUUAUCAAACUGAGUAUUAAUGUUAAGGGCUGUUGGAUAAGCAUGUGUACAACUGCAGUCCAACCUAAACCCAUGGGCGGUGCUACAAAUGCCAAAAUUGGAUGAACAAAAUUUCAUGCAAUUGGUUCCACAUGCUGUGGGGCCAAGUAUUAUUAAAAAUAUCAAAUUUGGUUACAAUCACUGCCUGUGGGCAUGGCAUCCAAUCACAAGAUUUUACCUUAAAACUCAGCUUGUGAUUGGACAAUUCAUGCGAAACUUGCAGACCGCACCAGACACCCUAUCCGUAACAUUCAUUCCAGGUUUCAUGCAAAUCCAUUGUAAUCCAAACCUUUCAGCUUACUACACCUUUAUUUAUUAAGUCUGGGAUAUAGUUUCAUUCACUACAAUAGUUCUGUUUUCUUUAAUUUAUUCAAGAAUUGUUAAUUGUCGCUUGUGUCUAUUUUAUAUUGUUAUUGACAUUGCCUCAAGGUCUGGUCACACUUUGAACAAAAUUGAUAAAU